AUGGCUUGUAGCACUCCAAUUAUAAUAAAGGACUUCUUCAUGAAAACAGACCAAGAACUGUAUGGAGAAGAUAAAAACAAAAGUAGUUCUGGUUUUGAAAAAGUCGCAAGAACCCCAGAUGACCAGCAAAGAGACAUCAGCUUAAGAUCAAUGGAUGAAGAGAAUAAUAUGUCUCAAAGUGUUUGGUUCUUCAGAAAGUAUCUUCUUACAAGAAGUCAAAAUAACGUGGCUAAAACCAGCAUGGAAGCUGAAUUUGAAUCAGAAAUUAGCAAGGGGCAUUCAUCACCCCGCCCCUUACCACCUAAAUUUCUUGGUAGUAAUAAUUUUCCAGGACACCGGCUAUCUUUGCUAGAGCAACAGUUGCUUCCUGGAUUGCGAUGUGAUGAUCAAUCCAACAGGACUUCAGAACAGCUUACAAUAUUUUAUGAUGGGAUUAUCAAUGUCUAUGACAAUAUUCCUGCUAAUAAGGCUCAAGCGAUUAUGCGUUCUGCCAGUGAAAACUCAUCGGUCAAACCUCUUGUUGCUGAAAGGUUAAAAACAGACAGGCAAAAACCACCUCUCAAACCCAAAUCACUAUCAGUUUCCAAAAUAAGAGCAGGACUUCCAAUGGCAAGAAGAUAUUCCUUGCAGUGUUUUCUUGAAAAACGCCGUGGCAGGAACAUCAACAAUUCUCCCUAUGCCCUUCAUUCUGAAAAACAGGAAGACAAUUAUGAGGCAACUGUAAACAACGAGUCGAAUGAAAGUAAUAAACUUUCACUUUUACCAUUCCCUUCAAGUUUAGGAUACUUUUAUCCCAGUUGGAACUCUAAAAAAGUUAUCAUGCACUCAUACUCUAGAGACAUCCUGCACAAGGCUCAAGCCUAG